AUGUCGGCCCAAAACGUCAAUGUGUGUGAUAUAGGGGAUGAUGUAAAAGAAAAGCUAAAAAAAUUUCGUUUUCAAAAGCACACAUCCAAUAGUGCUUUGAUCUUGAAGGUGAACCGUGAAAAGCAGGCUUUGGAAGUAGAUGAGGAGCUAGACAGUAUUGAGUUAGAAGAACUGCAGGAUAUCCUGCCUUCACAUCAGCCACGGUUUAUUGUGUACAGUUAUAGAAUGGAGCACAGCGAUGGACGAAUAUCAUUUCCUAUGUGUUUUAUAUUCUAUACCCCUCGAGACGCCCACAUGGAACUUCAGGUGAUGUAUGCUGGUACUCAACGAGCUCUGGCUGCGGCCGUGGGUGCCCCAAGACUCCUCGAGGUGAGAGAGAUAGAUGAACUGACCAAUGAGUGGCUUCAUGAAAAGCUGCAACGGUAA